GUAGAGGGUCGUGUAACUAAUUUUCGAGUCAGAGUGCUUCCACGUUUGCUACUGAUGCGGUUCCAAAGCCAGACUCCUGGGGACUCGUUCGGCGUCGGGUGUCGGUUGUGUAACAGCGCUGUCCUAAUUACCUCUUUGUGAGGCGAGGACCCUGCCAUUGACGAGCCGAUUAAAGGUGUCGUAAGACCUGUGUGAAGAAGCCCAUUGGCACAGCCCAAUGUGGAAUCCCCGAAAGAAGGGAGAAGUGUUGCUGGCCUGAAAUCAGCUUCUCCUAAAAUAAGGAUCCCCGCCCCCCUUCUGUGGUACCCGGGUGGAGGUUGUUGAAGAUAAGUCCUCCUCUGCGCGUUCAUUCAGAGCAGAAAGAGCCAACGAUAAAUACUAAGCAUCUUGAAGGGCACCGUGCGCCCCUUUAAUUAAGAGGAGCUCUUUGUUCUGCCUUUGAUGUGUGGUGCAUUCGUGAAAGUCUUCACCAGAUCAGCGAAAGAAAACAUUGUGUGAUGUGAUCCUCAUGGUCCAGGAAAGGAAGAUACCUGCUCAUCGCGUUGUCCUUGCUGCAGCCAGCCAUUUUUUUAACUUAAUGUUCACAACUAACAUGCUUGAAUCAAAGUCCUUUGAAGUAGAACUCAAAGAUGCUGAACCUGACAUUAUUGAACAACUUGUGGAAUUUGCUUAUACUGCUAGGAUUUCUGUGAAUAGCAACAAUGUACAGUCUUUGUUAGAUGCAGCAAACCAGUACCAGAUUGAACCUGUGAAGAAAAUGUGUGUUGAUUUUUUGAAAGAACAAGUUGAUGCAUCAAAUUGUCUUGGUAUAAGUGUUCUAGCAGAGUGUCUAGACUGUCCUGAAUUGAAAGCAACUGCAGAUGACUUUAUUCAUCAGCAUUUCACUGAAGUUUAUAAAACUGAUGAGUUUCUACAGCUUGAUGUUAAGCGAGUAACACACCUCCUCAACCAGGACACUCUGACUGUGAGAGCAGAAGAUCAGGUUUAUGAUGCUGCAGUCAGGUGGUUGAAAUACGAUGAACCUAAUCGCCAGCCAUUUAUGGUUGAUAUCCUUGCUAAAGUCAGGUUUCCGCUUAUAUCAAAGAACUUCUUGAGUAAAACAGUACAAGCUGAACCACUGAUUCAAGACAAUCCUGAAUGCCUUAAGAUGGUGAUAAGUGGAAUGCGGUAUCACCUAUUAUCGCCAGAGGAUCGAGAAGAACUGGUAGAAGGAACAAGGCCUAGAAGAAAGAAACAUGACUAUCGCAUAGCCCUAUUUGGAGGCUCCCAACCACAGUCGUGUAGAUAUUUUAACCCAAAGGAUUAUAGCUGGACAGACAUCCGCUGUCCCUUUGAAAAACGAAGAGAUGCUGCAUGUGUGUUCUGGGACAAUGUAGUGUACAUUCUGGGUGGCUCUCAGCUUUUCCCCAUAAAGCGAAUGGAUUGCUACAAUGUAGUGAAGGAUAGCUGGUAUUCCAAACUGGGCCCUCCGACACCUCGAGAUAGCCUUGCUGCCUGUGCUGCAGAAGGCAAAAUUUACACGUCUGGAGGCUCAGAAGUAGGAAACUCUGCUCUGUAUCUCUUUGAGUGCUACGAUACAAGAACUGAGAGUUGGCACACGAAGCCCAGCAUGCUGACUCAGCGCUGCAGCCAUGGGAUGGUGGAAGCCAAUGGCCUCAUCUAUGUCUGUGGCGGAAGCUUAGGGAACAAUGUUUCUGGAAGAGUGCUGAAUUCCUGUGAAGUUUAUGAUCCUGCCACAGAAACGUGGACUGAACUGUGCCCAAUGAUUGAGGUCAGGAAGAACCAUGGACUGGUAUUUGUAAAGGACAAGAUAUUUGCUGUGGGAGGUCAGAAUGGUUUAGGUGGUCUGGACAAUGUGGAGUAUUACGAUAUUAAAUUAAAUGAGUGGAAGAUGGUCUCACCUAUGCCCUGGAAGGGUGUGACUGUGAAGUGCGCAGCAGUGGGCUCCACAGUGUACGUCCUGGCUGGAUUCCAAGGUGUGGGGCGCUUAGGACACAUCCUGGAGUACAACACUGAAACAGACAAAUGGGUCGCCAACUCCAAAGUCCGUGCUUUUCCAGUGACAAGCUGUUUAAUUUGUGUUGUUGAUACUUGUGGAGCAAAUGAAGAGACCCUUGAAGCAUGACAAAUGAGUGGACUACAAGACUCAUCAGACUCAAACAUGUGGCCAUGAGUGCUUUGUUUCAAGACUUACAAAGUUUUAGUUUAGAGUUUUGGUUGUUUUUUUAAGGAAGUUUUCAAAGUAAAAUGUUUGUUUUAUAUGGAUUUCCUUACUUGAAUAGAUGACACUAUUUUAGCUGG